AAAAAAACUAGUGCACAAAAAUUUUCCGCUCGACAAACGCCCGCAUCACGAGGCUCGCCCCGGGAAGCGAGACUCAUCGCAAUAAAUAGUGUCUAAAAGUUUGGGGUACUUCGGAGGGGCUGGUUGCCGCUCGCCAAGGCCAUCGCCGAGUCCGACACGAAAAAAAACAUAGCGGAGUGCGCCGGAAAGCUAUGGAACAGAAAUUAGGAAACUCCAAAUAUGCUGGUGCAUAUGCAGUACAAUGUGGUAAAUGUUUCAAAUUCAGGCUAAUUCCAACAAAAGAAGAAUUUGAGACUAUUAGACAUAACUUCAUCGAGGAUCCCUGGUUCUGCAACAAAAAUCCUAAUGUUUCUUGUGAUGAUCCUAGUGAUAUAGAGCUAGAUGCAACUCAGAUAUGGGUUGCUGAUAAGCCAAAUGUACCUAAGGCUCCCCCUAAUACCGAAAGAAUGCUGACCAUGAGGAAGGAUUUAUCCAAAAUGGAUUGCAGCUAUAUCAUGCCCAAUGGGAAGAGAGUCAGGAGCACUGUGGAGGUGGAGAAGUUUCUAGAAGCCCAUCCAGAAUAUGAAGAUCAAUUUUCUGUAUCAAGCUUUAGUUUUACAUCCCCAAAGAUAAUGGAAGAGUUAGUUUCCAGAAAUAUGGAGGGGAGAGAGUCAGCCAAGAGUAUGAAGCUGAAGGCAGAGAGUCCAGAGGACAACUUUCAGAGUAGUUCCAAAGGGAAAGCAUCAGCAAGAAUUAAGAAACUGAAGAUAGAAAAUGCACAAAACAAUUCGGAGAGAAAUUCUAUGGGGAAAGCUUUGUCCAUAAUAAAGAAGCCCAAGACAGAGGGCUCAGAGGACUAUUUAGAGCGGAAAGCUUUAGCAAUAGUUGAGAAGCCGAAGGCACAAAGUUCAGACGAUUCUGAAGGUAAAUCUUUACUUGUAAUUGAGAAGCCAAAAACAGAAAGUUCAGAAGACAAUUCUGAGGAGAAAGCUUUAGCAAUAACAAAUAAACCGCAAACAGGAAGUUCAGAGGACAACUUUGAGGAGAAAGCUUUAGCAAUAAUUGAGAAGGCGGAGACAGGAAGUUUAGAGGACAAUUCUGAGGAUUUACAUAUGGAAAGCUGCAUUAACUCUUUCCCAGAGGAAGCUGGGGAAGCUUGAGAUUGUUGAUGGUGCCAAUGGGCUUACCCUUACAUCUAUUUGCCACAGUAUAUAGUUAGGCACAUGGCCAUGUAAUAUUGAUGAUCAUUCAUUGCUUUUUAUUUGUGAUCGUAUAUUUUACUGUCACCAAACUAUUUGCAUUUGUUGCCAACUUUUGCCAGUUCAUUCAUUGUCUUACAGUAUUUCUAGGAUUUGACUGAUAAAUUUUUGCAAGUGAAA